AUGAGCGAGUCAUGUAGUCGUCAGCCACAUUUCACGGCGUUGAACAGCACGCUCGAGACGAGAUCGCAGGUGCUGGAGGCGUGUACCUCCUUGCUAAACCCGUUGCUCCCAUUCUUCUCACCCGGACGGACCAGGCUACGGCUAGGGGCCACGGCGACUCGUUACGAUGAGACGGGAGCUCAGCUUGAGGGAUUCACGCGGCCGAUGUGGGGCCUUGCGGCACUGCUAGCCGGCGGUGAUAGCUUCCCUGGAGCUAAGCUGUGGCUAGAGGGACUCAGAAACGGGACGGAUCCAGAGCAUGCUGAGUUCUGGGGCUACGCGAAGGACUCCGACCAGCGCAUGGUCGAGAUGUGUCCCAUGGGCUUCGCACUAUGCGUCGCUCCCAAGCAGCUCUGGGAUCCCUUGACGGAGAGGGAGCGAGGGAAUGUCCAGAAGUGGCUUGGGUGGAUCAACAAUAAGGAAAUGCCAAAUACCAAUUGGUUGUGGUUUCGUGUCUUUGCGAACCUUGCACUCAAGACCAACGGUGCUGAAUAUUCGGUCGAUCGCCUGGAGGCCGAUUUGGUCCACCUUGAUACCUUCUAUCGUGGCGAUGGCUGGUCGAAUGAUGGCCCGAGCUCCCACCGGCAAAUGGACUACUAUAGUGGAUCCUUCGCCAUUCAGCUGCUGCAAUUGCUGUAUGUGAAGGUUAACGGUGAGGAAGAUAAAGCUCGAGCCGAGGAGUACAAGGCUCGUGGUAGGUUGUUUGCGAAAGACUUCAUCCAUUACUGGGACGAUCAAGGGCGUGGAAUCACGUUUGGUAGAUCACUCACCUAUCGAUUUGCGACUGCAGGAUUCUGGUCAGCUGUGGCGUUUGCAGAGUUGGAACUUGACCCCCCCUUUAGCUUGGGAGUGGUUAAAGGUCUGCUCCUCAGAAACCUCCGGUAUUGGUCGCGACAGAAAGAUAUCCUGACUCAUAGUGGACUGCUCACAAUUGGAUACAAUUAUCCCAACCAGUUUCUCUCUGAGAAUUACAAUUCCCCGGGCUCGACAUACUGGUUCAUGUUGGGAUUUGUCGCCCUAGCUUUGCCUGAGUCCCACACUUUCUGGCAAGCCAAGGAGGAGCCAUUUCCGUCAACCUCAGUCCCACAAAUCGUCGCGUUAAAACAUCCGCUACAUAUAAUGGUCAAUAAAGGAGGUCACAAUUUCCUCCUUUCCUCGGGACAAGCGUGCCAUUAUCCUGUGCGAGCGUCGGAAUCGAAAUAUGGCAAGUUUGCCUAUAGUUCUGCCUUCGGCUAUUCAGUUCCAACAGGAGCCUACGUCGUCGAAGCAGUUGGAGGAGACAAUAUGCUUGCAGUUUCCGACGAUGAUGGAGAAUCGUGGAAGGUCCGGAAACAGCCUCUCGAUGCCAGAUUGGAGACCAUCGAUGGCUUACCAGUCCUCGUCUCUUCGUGGAAACCGUGGAAGGAUGUAUCGGUUGAAACGCAUCUGUUGCCUCCUGCAGAUGCUACCCCAAACUGGCACUUACGUGUCCACCGUGUGGUCACAAAACGUACACUGAGAUCCAGUGAAGGCGCCUUUGGACUACAUGGUGUGUCUGCCCUGGACGAACGAGAGCUCACAACCCUUGACGCACGAAAAAAUGAAGGCCGCUCGGAAGCCCAGGGUGGGUCACUAGCCAUAUCCAGAGGCGGGGCGGUAGGAAUUUUGGAAUUGCAUCAGCCGAAGCUUCGUGCUGGUCGAGUUUUGGACGAAGAUGCGAAUAGUAAUCUGAUGGAGAGCAGGUCAGUCUUGCCUACUUUAGCGGCGGAGUUCGCCGCUGGCACAGACACCUGGCUCGUGACAGGUGUUUUCGCUCUACCAUCCAGUGGUGAGCAAUUUCAAAUGAGAUGGAAGGAAGGUUGGAAAAUUUGGCCGGCGAUACCAGGCUGGGUGGCAGCGAAGAUCAAGGAGUGCAACACAUGA